AUGCAAUCAAAAAACCACAGCACUCUGGAAGAAUUCAUUCUCCUGGGCAUCCGAUUUCCUGAUCACCUCCUGAUCUUAUUCUUCUGUCUGCUUUUAUUGACCUUCACAUUAACAUUGUUGGGGAAUCUGAUCAUCGUUGCUGUGAUAUUACUUGAUGUGCGCCUACAUAGCCCUAUGUACUUCUUCCUCUUUAACUUGUCCAUUCUGGAGAUUGCAUUCACAUCAUCCAUUAUUCCCAUCAUGCUCUCCAACCUCCUUUCAAGGACCAAGACAAUCUCAUUUUAUGGUUGCCUAACUCAGUGUUUUUUCUAUUUCUUCCUUGGAGUGGCAGAGUUCCUACUGUUGGCCAUCAUGUCCUUUGAUCGCUAUGUAGCGAUAUGUAACCCACUGCACUAUGUUUCCAUCAUGAACUUCAGGAUCUGUAGUUGGCUUGUCUUUUUUUGCUGGGUGACAGCAUUUGUUUUGGUGAUAGGGCCUGUGAUUGCUAUCUCCAUGCUGCCAUUUUGUGGCUCUAAUGUCAUUAAUCAUUUAUUUUGUGAUUCUGAACCACUCCUUGAACUUUCUUGUGGCAGCAUACGCCUCAUUGAGUUUUUUAAUUUCAUAAAUGCGAUCAUCGUACUUCUAGGCUCCUUGAUACUAACCACUGUAUCUUAUGUUUCCAUCAUCAGCACAGUUCUGAGGAUCCCAUCAGCCAGUGGAAGGCAGAAAGCUUUCUCCACUUGUGGUGCCCACAUUACUGUGGCCUCCAUAUAUUAUGGAAGUGCCAUAUUCAUGUAUCUGAGGCCAUCAAAGACACCAUCUCUGGAUCUUAAGAAAGCUGUGAGCAUCUUGACAGCUGUGAUCACCCCUUUGCUUAACCCUUUCAUCUAUACUCUCAGGAAUGAAAAGGUGAAGGAGGCCUUGCGAGACUUACUCAAAGGAAGACUGCAUUUAAAUGCACAUGUUUAA